GUACUCUAUCGAAUUAUUUUUUCUCGCUUAAACGCACACAAAAUGGCGACUGAGAUGGAGGCAGUGAGUGUUCUUCAGUACCUUGACAAAAAAUCCAUAUUGGUGAUUGGAGCUGCUGGUUUCUUAGCAAAGAUUUUUGUGGAAAAGAUAUUACGGGUUGCACCUAACGUGAAGAAACUAUAUCUUCUUUUAAGAGCAUCAGAUGGAAAAUCUGCUACCCAGAGGUUCAACGAGAUUUUGGGAACGGACUUGUAUAAGGUGAUGAAGGAAAAAUAUGGAGAAAAUCUAAAUCAUAUAUCAGAAAAGAUCACUAUUGUGAAUGGAGACGUUUCCCUUGAGGAUUUGGGUCUUCAUAAUGAAGAUUCCUCCGACUUGGAACAUGAGAUGGUCCACCAACUUGAUGCCAUUGUUAAUUUAGCUGCAACUACUAAUUUUGAAGAAAGAUACGAUGUAGCACUUGGGAUCAACACAUUGGGUGCUGCCAAUGCCUUGAACUUUGCCAAGAGAUGUGCUAAGGUUAAAGUCUUUGUUCAUGUGUCGACAGCUUAUGUAUGCGGGGAACAAACGGGCUUGAUAAUGGAGACACCAAUCCGUAUGGGUGAGACGUUGAACGGAGCCACCGGCCUAGAUAUCAACCAAGAGAAAAAGUUGGUUAAGGAGAAACUUGGCGAGCUUCGAGCCACUGGAGCCUUGCCCGAGACAAUCACACAGGCCAUGAAGGAUCUCGGACUCACCAGGGCAAAGCUGUACGGAUGGCCAAACACAUACGUGUUUACAAAAGCUAUGGGGGAGAUGAUGGUAGGGGCAACAAGAGAAAAUAUGUCGCUCGUGAUACUUCGUCCUUCAAUUAUUAGCAGCACAUUCAAAGAACCAUUCCCAGGUUGGACCGAGGGCAUCAGGACAAUUGAUGGUAUAGCUGUUGGAUACGGUACAGGCAAACUCACAUGCUUCCUUGGUGAUCUUAAUGCUAUUAUAGAUGUGAUACCUGUGGAUAUGGUUGUCAAUACGAUGCUAGUAUCAAUGGCUGCUCAAGUUGGUAAACAGGAGGAGAUGAUUUAUCAUGUUGGAUCUUCGUUGAGAAAUCCGUUGAGAAAUGAGAUAUUUCCAGAACUAGCAUACCGAUAUUUUACAACCAAACCAUGGAUCAACAAAGAAGGGAAGGCAGUUCAGGUCAAGAAAGUAGAAGUUUUGAGUUCUAUGUCUAGUUUCAAUAGAUACAUGACCAUUCAUUACGUACUUCCUUUAAAGGUACUUGGAUUACUGAACAUGGUACUUUUUAAUUCGUUUGAGAAGAAACUUAAGGAUAUCAAUAGAAAGAUAAAUUUUGUAUUUCGGCUUGUCGAGCUCUAUGAGCCUUACAUCUUCUUCUAUGGAAUAUUUGACGAUACAAACACGGAAAAACUGCAAAAAUUGGUGCCAAUGACGGGAGUAGAAGCCGAGAUGUUUUAUUGCAAUCCAAAGAUUAUCGAUUGGGUGGAUUAUUUUGAGAAUACACAUGUUCCUGGGUUGGUUAAGUAUGUCUUCAAAUGAUUUCAUGUUAAGUACCAUUGCCUUAUUAAAGAGUACCUGCUAAGACCAAGAUUUUAUUUAUUUCAAGGAGUACAUGUCGGAUAUUUCUAUUUUCAAUGUAACAAAAAGUACAACAAAUGAAAGUUUCUAAAAAUUUCUUAUUGCUAUCUUUCAUUAUUCCGAUA